UCGAAAUUUAUUCUAGUUCUCUUGUUUGUCCAUUUAUUUAUGUUUUGUUCUUGCAACUUCUUGUCACAUUUGUUCUUAACAUAAGUAUCGGAUUCAUCUCCUUUAUUCCUAGUCAGUAGCCACCAUUUAAAUACUUAGAAUUAUUAGAUAUGAUUCUCAAAAGAGCAUAUUCAUCUUCUGUUCCAUUUUUAAUACAUUUUUAAUUUUCAUUUAAAAUAUACAUUGUUCACCCCCUCAAUAUCACAAUCUUGAUUGAAAAGUAAUUUUAAUAGACACGGAUAUGAUAUUCAUUUUUUUAAUAAUAUUGUGCGCAAGUUUCAUUCUAAUUCUCUCCUUUUUUUUGAAUAUUUUUUCUGAAUCGGAUACCUGUUUAAUGUUUUCCACUGUAAUGGUGGGCACCAUGCSUAACCAAGGUCCAAAUUCGGGAGAUAUGAAAGAAUUUUGUUAUUAAGCUCGUUCGAAAAUUUAAAUUUGAGACCUCUAAAUUGGUGUGACUAAAGAGACUCCAAAACCUUAUUAAUGGACCUCCUACGGGCCGGGUUUAACUCUCCCUUGUUUUUUUAAUCACAACUGAGGAUAAAUGCUUUAUGUUGGAGGAUAUUGAUGAUGUAAUUUUCUCAAGUAUUUGACCUAAAACAAAAAGGUUACUCCUAGUUUUUUAAUGCAUAUCAGUUAACCCCGAAGAUUAGCUUAAAAACCCAUUAUAAAAGCAAGCUGAAACUUCUGCCAUUGGUUGUGAUUAUCUGUUGACAAACACUUCUAGAGAGAGAGAAAUGGAGCAGGCGGAUAGAAUUUUUAAGCAGGCAAAGCCAUAUUUGGGAGCCAUUGCACUAAGAUUUGCUUCUGCAGGAAUGUCUAUUAUUUCCAAAGCUGCUCUAAACCAGGGAAUGAACCAACUUGUCACCAUUGUUUAUCGUUAUUCUAUUGGUGCCAUUGUUGUUGCUCCUUUUGCCCUUGUCUUGGACAGGAAAAUAAGACCAAAGAUGACUCUCUCCAUCUUCGCCAAGAUCCUAAUUCUGGGCUUGCUAGAGCCUGUAAUAGCACAGAGCUUGAUUUACUCUGGUACUAAAUACACAACUGCAACAUUCGCAACCGCCAUGUGCAAUAUUCUCCCAGCCUUUGCGUUCUUAAUGGCUUGGAUUUGCAGAAUGGAGAAGGUCAAUAUUAGAAGAAUACGAAGUCAGGCAAAGAUUUUAGGAACCUUAGUGACAGUUGGAGGAGCUAUGAUGAUGACGCUUCUAAAAGGACCCAUGUUGAAUUUGCCUUGGACCAAAGAAAACAACCCUCACUCUUAUUCCAGCCUUGCCAACAAGCAAGAACCUGUCAAGGCCGCCGUUGUUAUCACCAUUUCAAGUAUCUGCUCCUCAGCCUUCACCAUCCUUCUGGCACAUACAAUAAGAACAUACCCAGCAGAGCUGACUCUGACGACUUUCAUAUGCUUGGCGGGAGCUGUGGAAAGCACUAUUCUAGCUCUAGCGUUCGAAUGGAACAAUCCAGCUGCAUGGGCCUUACAUGCCGAUUCCAUACUCUUAGCCGCCCUCUACGGUGGAAUAAUAUCUUCUGGAAUUGCGUAUUAUCUCCAAGGAGUGGUGGUGAAGUUAAAAGGACCUGUGUUUGUAACCGCAUUCAAUCCUCUCAGCAUGGUCAUAGUUGCGGUUAUUAGUUCAUUCAUAUUCGCUGAAACACUGCGCUUGGGAAGGGUUAUUGGAGCAGCCGUGAUAAUUAUAGGCCUUUACUUGGUUCUGUGGGGCAAAAGCAAAGAUCAGCUUCCAUUAAAAUUGGGCACUGACAACUUACCGACUUCAAUUUCGCACCAAAACUCAACUACCACAAAUCACCACUUGAAACCUUCUUCAGAUCAUGCACAACUCAAAGCCACUGCUCCAACAACAACAGUCUCCAAUGCUUGAAUUUGCAAUCAAUCUCCAAAUUAGAGAACAAUUGAUCAUAUUAUUGGAACUUCAUUUGUAAACUCCUACAACAACUAGGCAUGGUUCCAUCAAAUUACCAGUUGAUUCUUUCUUUUUCAUCAAAUUUAUUAGAAUAAAUUAAUACAACUUUAUGUCGAUUUUGUCCAUGUA